AGAUACAAAAUGAUCCAUGUGAAACCAAGCCAAAAACAUUAAAGACCUAAAAAUUACAAACUAUUGUGAUUGUGAAAUUAUUUCAUUUUGAAUUUAUUUGAUUCAGAAAAUCUUACUGAAUAAUUGUUUAUAAUUACAAUCUUAUUUAUUCUUUAUUCAUCAGAAACAAUGUCUAAGAGAGCUAACCCAUUCACAGAAGAUUUUAUCCCACAAAGUAAAAUUCAUGUAGGGUUAAAACAGUUUAAUAAUAACGAAGAUAGAUUAAAAAAAGUGUAUGAAAAGACGUUGGAGCUUCUAUUCAAAGGUGCUAAAAAAUGUUCGACUCAGGAUGAAGUCUCCAACGCUACAGACGAUAUUCCUCGUAAGAAGGACAAGAUGACACAACUGUUCCUCGAAAAAGAUGGCACUCUUUCGCAUGAUAAAAAUAUAAAAAUUGUCGACAAGCAACUGCUAGAAGUGCGAUGUGGAUGUGGCAAUGUGUCUGUAGAUGUGGAAUGUGCAUACUGUGAGGCAGCAUUGUGCCUGGUGUGCCAGCACACCUGCUCACAGUGUCUUCGGGGCUACUGUUCACAUUGCUCCCUUACUGAGUCUGAAGGCUCUGAAAAAUGCAUGUCCUGUUACGGUUAAUUAGUUCAGGUUAGUUGAAUUCUGAAACUUGUUAUUAGGAAAUUUUUUAAAGACUGUUAUCUAUGUUUAAUAUUAAUUGUAAGUAUCAACUUGAAUAUAUUAUAAUAAGCAGAAAUAUUAUGA